GAGCCGAGCAAUCGCAUCCAUCCAUUCCAUCCGAACCUCCAAACCUGGAAACAUGCCAAAAGUACCCUCCUUUCGACGGCCGGCCACCAAAGACCAUACAGCUGGCCCUGAGUCUUUCGACGGCCUUGGAGGAGACCGGCUGCAGAAACUGACGCAAUUUCGAUUUCAACAGUCGCGUCCUGGUGCAUCCCCCCUUUGCCCUUCGAUGUGAUGGCAACCAAGGCCAAGUCUCGCUGGGCUGACGACGAAGCCGACGCAGCGCUGGAGGCGCAACGGAAAAAGGAGAAGGCGGAGAGAAAGCGCCUCAAAGCCGGGAAGGCGCGCAAGCUCGAGGCUGAGAGGCAAGCUCGGGAUGCCGCCCCACGAGAAGCAGAUAGCGCAGACGGACCCCCCGCGAAGCGGCGAAGAGUAUCACCAGAGCGCGAGGCAACACAACCCACUACAGGAUCCGACGGGCCCAGCGGUGUUCCUAAAUUGUUGCGUUUUGAGGGCGGCACAUUUGGCAGGUGUCGCAGCGUCGAGAACUACGACAAGCUCAACGACAUCGAGGAAGGCGCGUACGGUUGGGUGUCUCGGGCCAAGGAGAUCGUCACAGGGAAAGUGGUUGCGCUCAAGAGGCUCAAGAUUGACCCCAAAGAUCGCGGAGGGUUACCAAUCACUGGCCUGCGCGAGAUACAGAUCCUUAAGGACUGCGAUCACCGGAAUGUGGUCAAGCUCCAGGAGGUAGUCGUUGGUGAUGACACGAGCAGGAUUGAAAACAUCUUUCUCGUCCUCGAGUUCCUUGAGCAUGACCUCAAGUCCAUCCUCGAAGACAUGCCCGAGCCCUUCCUCACGUCCGAAGUCAAGACGCUGCUCCAACAACUUGCCUCGGGCAUCGCCUACCUGCACGACAACUGGAUCCUGCACCGCGACCUGAAGACGUCCAACCUCCUCCUCAACAACCGCGGCCAGCUCAAGAUAGCCGACUUCGGCAUGGCGCGCUACGUCGGCGACCCGCCACCCAACCUCACCCAGCUCGUCGUCACCCUCUGGUACCGCGCGCCCGAGCUCCUCCUCGGCGCCACGCGCUACGGCCGGGCCAUCGACAUGUGGAGCGUAGGCUGCAUCUUCGGCGAGCUGCUGACGCGCGAGCCGCUGCUGCAGGGCCGCAACGAGGUCGACGAGCUGACCAAGAUCUUUGAGCUGUGCGGCGUCCCGACCGAGGAGACGUGGCCGUCGUUCCGGCGGCUGCCCAAUGCGCGGAGCUUGCGGCUCCCGACGGGCAAGGCUGCCACAGGGUCCGCAAUCCGCGCCAGGUUUCCGCUGCUCACCUCGGCCGGCGUGGCGCUGCUCAACAGCCUGCUGGCGCUGGACCCGGAGAGGAGGCCGACGGCCAGGGAGAUGCUCGCGCACGAGUACUUCCGGCAAGACCCCAAGCCGAAGCAGGAAGCCAUGUUUCCUACGUUCCCAAGCAAGGCGGGUCAGGAGCGGAGGCGGAGGCGGGAGACGCCGAAUGCGCCCGCGCGGGGCCAGCAGGCCGCAGAUUUUGGCGCGGUGGAUUUUACAGGGAUAUUUUCUGGGAGGGAGAGGGAGGAAAGGGGAGGUGGGUUUUCGCUGCGGAUGGUGUAGUGCUCCUUCGUGCCGUCUUGGCAGACUGAGGUCGACGGGUGGCAGGUCGGUCACGAAGUCCAUGGCGAUGGUGUGGAAUGGCCUUGGCAUGAUCCGAAUGGGCUAAAAGCCCUCUCUCCCAAUGGAGGAUUCUGGUCGGUAGGUUUGUUCAAAACAGACCUUACGCCAUCUAACAAGAUAAGGUGACUCUCCAGGUCUUUAAGCUGAAAU